AUUGAUAUCUGAUGAUUCUAAGCAGUCCUUUUCUUUUUCUAUCUCAUCGAGUCUCCGCAAAUCAAUCUAAAGUAAAAAGCAAUGGCUUCAAGGAACAAGAAACCAGCAAAGCCCUCAAGCAGUCGAGCAGGCGGUAUCCGUACUCUCUCCGAUCUGAACCGGCGGUCUGGACUUGACUCUGACAGCGAUGAUGAGGAUGCUCCUCAAGAGUACUACACUGGGGGCGAGAAAAGUGGUAUGCUCGUCCAAGAUCCUACAAAAGGUAAUGAUGUGGAUGCAAUUUUCAAUCAAGCUAGACAACUUGGAGCCGUUGAAGGUCCUCUGGAGAAUCUUAAUCAAUCUUCAAGCUCAAGAAGCUUUACUGGAACUGGUAGAUUACUAUCGGGGGAGACUGUACCAUCUGCUCCUCAACAACCUGAGGCUGUCAUUCACAAUAUUGUUUUCUGGACCAAUGGUUUCACUGUAGACGAUGGCCCCUUGAGGAGGCUUGACAAUCCUGAAAAUGCAUCUUUCUUAGAGAGCAUCAGGAAGUCUGAGUGUCCGAAGGAGCUUGAACCCUCAGAUAGAAGGUCCUCAGUUCAUGUCAAUUUGAUUAGGAGGGACCAAAAGUGCCCGGAACCAGAGAAGCAGCCCCAUGCUGCAUUCCAAGGUAUAGGGAGGACUCUAGGAAGCAGCAGUGCUUCACCUGCAUCUGAACCACCAGCUGAUUCUGCUCCUCUGAGCUCUGCUCCAGCCCCUUUAAUGGGCCUGGUUGUGGAUGAAACGCUGCCAUCGACUUCAAUUCAGCUUAGGUUGGCUGAUGGGACCCGCAUGGUGGCCCACUUUAAUAAUAGCAACACAGUCAAUGACAUUCGAUCCUUCAUUGAUGCAUCCAGGCCUGGGGGUGCUCGGAAUUAUCAGCUGCAGUUGAUGGGGUUCCCUCCGAAGCUUCUUACUGAGCCAACUCAGACAAUAGAGCAGGCAGGCCUUUCCAAUUCAGUUGUUAUUCAGAAAUUCUAGCAAAGCCGCAUGCAGGUCGCAUACUAUCUCUAGUCGUUAUUGUGCUGUCUCUUGUAGUAAGUAAACCAAUUUUAUGAACAUCAAGACCUUGAAUAUCUGUUUCCUAAUAUACAAAAGGGAGGGUUUUGGUGGCUGGUUGCUUGGACGAUGGAGUUGAGUUUUGUGAUUCGAAAAUAUAUUCUUCUGCAGUCUUGUAAA